AUGGAGAUGCAUAACCAGAAUACAAAACUGCAAAAGAAAGCAAAUGAUCUGACAAAACGUUUGAAGCAACAGCAAAAUGUGCUUGAUAAAACUCCCUCUUUACAAAGGAACGCGACAAAGGCAAGUUUUAUAUUGGCCAACAAAAUUGCAAAGCAAAACAAGUCAUUCGCAGAAGCAGAAUUUGUCAAAGAUUGUAUGGUUGAUGCUGUCAGCGUUGUGUGUCCUGAAGUUAAGUCAAAAGUAGAAGCCAUUUCCCUGUCACGAAGAACUAUUGUUCGUCGCAUUGAUGCAAUUGCCGUGAAUAUUCAUGAACAGCUGUUAACAGCCAGUGGUCGAUUUCAGUGGUUUUCUAUUGCUUUAGAUGAGAGUACUGAUAUUCAGGAUACUGCUCAGUUACUCAUUUACAUCAGAGGAAUUGACGAAAACUUUGAAAUUACAGAGGAAUUGUUAUCUAUGGAGUCUCUCAAAGACACUACUACUGGAAAAGAUUUGUUUAACAGUGUCAUUAACAGUUCAAUCAGGUCUGGAUUAACCCUAAAUAAACUGGCCAGCAUUACAACCGAUGGAGCUCCUUCACUCACCGGUAAACAUUCCGGCCUUGUGAAGUUGUUGAAUGAUAAAAUCAAAGAAGAUUUUCCACUACACAGUGUGUUGUCUUUUCACUGCAUCAUACAUCAAGAAAGCCUUUUGAAUUUAAUAAGAUCACGGGGAUUGAAACACAGGCAAUUCCGAAGUUUCUUGGAGGAUGUGGAGGCUGAUUUUACUGAUGUGCUGUACUACACAAAUGUCCGCUGGUUAAGCAUUGGAAAAGUUCUUAAGAGAGUAUGGGACCUCAAAGCAGAGAUUCUUAUGUUUCUCAAAAUGCAAGACAUCUCCUGUGACUUUUUAAACGAAAUGGAGAGUGACGAAUGGGUUUGUGAUUUUGCAUUUGCUGUGGACAUAAUGCAGAAGUUGAAUGAACUUAACACAAAACUGCAAGGCAAAGGUAUAUUUGAUCAUGAAUUGUACCUGGAAGUGAAAGCUCUUCAAUGGAAGCUUGGACUUUUUGCCAAGCAGCUGAAUGAGCAAAAAUUUAUUCACUUCCCUCUGCUGAAAACACAGUCUGUUACACAAGAAUCAGCGGACAAGUACAGUUCCCAGUUGAUGGCUUUAUAA